AUGAGACAACAAAAAGUGUGGGAUUUGAGUCAAGAAGUAGAAAGGAUUGUUUUAGGAGUCGUGAAUGAUAUUUUUGUAUUUGAUGUUGUUCACAGAGACAUUAGUUUGCCUUCAACGUCUCGAGGAAGGAAUGUGAAGGGAAAAAAAAUUUGGG